UAAAGUUUGAGGGUUGACAGUGUUCACAACCACAUUGAUUUAAACCUUGUAAUGUUAGCAACUUUGAGGACCUUUGUCAAAAUAACAAAGAAUAACUCUGCGAAAUCUUCACAGUUAAGUUUUGUGCGGUUCGCAAUGUUGGCCGCCACAUUGUUUUUUACUUUGUGAUAUUAGCAACUUCAAGAGCUUUUGUCAAAAUAACAAAAUAGAACUCUGCGGAAUCUACACGGCUAAAGUUUGGAGGUUGACAGUGUUCACAACCACAUUGAUUAAUACCUUGUGAUUUUAGCAACUUUGAGAGAGCCUUUGUCAAAAUCACAAAAGAGAACUCUUAACUACAAAUUUUAAGUUGAUUUACAAUGUUUGCAGGUGUUACAAGGGUAAAUAAUCCAAUAAUAGGUUUUUGUUUUAACCUUUUCACCGCCAAAGACGGAAAAUCACGUCAGCGGAAAGUCGUACCACUGACGCCACGACAUUUGCUCCUAUUAGAAAACCAUACAUUUGGUUUAUUGCUUGGCGUCUGGUCUGAGUCACGUCGAAUUACUUCGCUGCUUGGCGUUGAAACGGUUAAGACAUAUUAAAUAUACUAGCUGUUGCCCGCGACUUCGUACGCGUGGAUUUGUAUGUUGGUGGUUAUAUAUUUUAAAUGAGCAUAGAACAUUAUGCAGCAAAAGAUAUCAGUAGGGACGGUAAAUCAUUUGUUAAUAAUUAUACAGCGCAUGAAAUUUGUCUUUCACAAAGUACAAAGUUUCAAGCCCCUAGCUGAAAAAAAUUGUUCGCGAUAUAAACCCUCUCAACACUCAGAUUUUCAAGUCCACUAUUUAAAAAAAAUGUUCGCUCCCACUGCAAACUUUAUUAAUACAAACUUUUCAAACACGGUGCAAUCAGUUUUCGUCUAUUUUAAUAUAAUGCCCUUUUACCAAGUUUCAUGUUCCUAGCUAAAACGAAAACUUGUACUACAUAUAAACUUAUAUACAUCCCCUUUUUAACACCCUUAAGGGUAGAAUUAUUAAGAACGUUGAAAUAACCUUUUUUGUAAUAUUAUACAAUGCCUUUCUGAGAAAUUUCAAUAAGCAUUUGUAAUGAAUUCAAACUUUCAACCCCUUUUUAACUCUUUUAAGGGAUGAAUAUUUAAAAACGCUUAAAUUACUUUUCUUGUAUUCUAAUAAUAUGCCUUCAUACAAAGACUUCUUAGUCCUGUACUCAAAAAAAGGUUUGAUCUCCAUACAAACUAUCAAAUAGGGCUUACAAGUUACAAGGGAAGCUUACAAGUUUCCACACAUUUUUUUUUUUCGUGGUUGGGUAGAUAAUGUGUUUGUGUUCCAAAAAUUGGUAAUUUCUAGAAAAAGGCUUCGUUUUUGGGACAUGGUGUUGUAUAACUUUUUAAUGUGGAAUUUAACAAGCUUUCGUUUCGCUAUACACAGUAUUCACAUUAAACCCAGAUAUUCCGAGAAAAAAAGAAAAACCAAAAAAGACUUAUACUUUUCAAGAUGGCGUUUGAUCCCCGUGGACCCGAAGCUCCAAUUUUAUGACACGCAAACAGGGAUCCCUGAAAUUGUAGGUGUCAAAUUUCAUUACUGUCACUAUUAUUUAAACCCCAUUUAAGACCUAAAAUCUGUUUUUGUAGUCACAUUUUUAAGUUUUACACAUUUUUCCUCCACUUAUUUUAGUAAAUUUGUAUUGCAUAGCACUCGUGUACUAAUUAUGGAUCUACUGAUGUCUAUUUGAUUGAAAUCCACUCAAUAGUUUAGGCGCUAGAAGUAAAAAUAUGAUUUACUAUUCGGCGGCUAUUCAAGGCGGCUGUAUUAAUUUUGUCUGAGUCGUAGCACGGUACGCUUAUCACCAUGCCUGUCACGUUCUAACAAGUAUGUGAGUGCGAAAGUGACGGACUUAGUGAUAGGGGAAACCAUGCUGCGCGGGCUCUAGAUUUAGCGACAGCGUCAGUGACAACGUCAUGCUCGCGGCCCGCCAGCGCCGCGCUCACAACCCGCCCGCACCGAUCUCUCUAGAUAAGCAAUUAUUACCUAAAAUAGUUUUUAAUCUAACUGCUCUUUGAAUCUGUCAAAUGCUCACACAUAAUAAAUUAUAACCUUCUGUACGUACUACGUGCUGCCCGCACAGCAUGGUUUCCCCUAUCACUAAGUCCGUCACUUUCGCACUCACAUACUUGUUAGAACGUGACAGGCAUGGUGAUAAGCGUACCGUGCUAUGACUCCACUCUCCAGGUUUGCAGUUUUUUAUAAGGAACAACGUACUUAAUUAUUAUUAUUUGUACUUAGUACCUACUUACUAAUGCCUUUACCCUAAAAACGGAAUUCUAAGAAAGGUAUUUGAUUGCUCAAGUCGCAAUGUUAGAAUUGCGGAAUUUACAAGGGAAAAAUUUCUCAAGUUAAUAAUUUCACAACUUUUACAUUGCGAAAUAAUAUAAGCAUUGCUAGAAACACAAUGUUAACUUUGUUAAAAUAGUGAUGUUGACUAGUCCUUUGCAAAAUUGACAAAAGAAUCGUUCAUUUCGCUGGCAACAUUCGUACGGUUAGGAUGCGUGACAAAUCGCUAACAACGGAACGUAUUUAUUUAGUGAUUAUUAUUGUCUUUUCAAACAACGAACCGUUCACGUUGUUAAAAAUAUAAGGAAAUAGUUUCUUUAAAGUUAAGACAGUUAUAGGUAAAUAGUAAAUAUAAAGGAUGGACGACUUAAGUGUGUUUCUGUUCAACUGUGAUUUGAUACACCUUUUUGGAUCGCUAAACGAUCAGGGCGCGGAUCUCGAUUUUUUAUUGAACGCAAACGACCAUGAGUUGUCGUUAUUGGUCCCGGCAGCAGUUCAAAAAGGGAAACUGCGUAUGGCGUUAGACCGUGAGAGAGAACGCAGAGGAGUUACAAAAGAUCCGAGGGAUGUAGAUGUACAGCAAGUUAUAGCUCCAAUUAAAAAGCAAGACUCCUUUGUGAUUCCAUCAAGUAGCCAAAAAUCUAGUACAUCCUCUGUUGUUACAACAUCAACUGAAUUAUUGGAAUGGGACAUCAAUUGUGACGAUUUACAGUUUAUAGAUGCAAGCAAACUCAUAGGGGCUAUAACUGGCGGAAAUCUUAAACAAAUUUUAGAGACAUCCAGUAUUGGGAAACCUCUAAUCAAUAAAAAGGUAUUAUCGUCUAGUGACCGAAAGAUACUGACGGCCCUUAUUGUUGAGGCUGAGGUGCGGAAAUUGAAAGAAAACACUGACCCAAUACGAAAAGAAACCUGGGAUACGUGGACAUCAGAAAUUAUAAAGCUUUUCCCAGGUGAAACAAAGGGGGUAUAUUAUAAUCCUUUUCGUCUUGUUGAUGGAAAAGCUAUCCAGGCCAGUGGCCUGAUAGUGAACCGAUUAAUAACAGUACGCAGAAAAUUAAAUGCAGAAAUCCGCAGCCGCAGCAGAAGUCGUAACAGCAGUAAUAGCGACAAGAGCAGCGACAGCAGCGGAGACCAAAACAAGAGAAAAAAAUCUGCUGUCAAAUCUUCUAAUGCACGGGUUAGACCUUUUCCUGACACCUUUCAAACAAUAAGUACCAAUCAAGACUCUGAAAAAGAUACCGUGCAGUGGUUGAAGCACUCUUCUUCACCGAGAGAAUUGGUAGAAACAAAAUGGAACAGUUGUCUACAUGAACGCAUGGCUGCACUGCAAGAAGGCGACCAUGUUAGUUAUUUGAGCAUCUUCCCAGCACUGCAAUGUCCUUGGGGCUAUGAAUUGCUGGCCAGUGACUUUGACAAAAUAUACCCUGAAAUAGAAGGAAAGUUCGAAGAAAAUUUCCCGGUAGUGAAAGGUCGCCUGCUAUCAUUACUAGAUGAGAAGGCUCAACAGCUAACACGACCUGACACUUCUAUUCAAACUGUUUUGGAUCUUGCAACUUCGGGGGAGGAACAAGCGAAUGUUGCGACUUUUCUGGCAGUUCCCCUGUUGCUGAAACAAAUGCACACUGUUCCCGUGAAAGGAGUCAGAAAACCCUGGAACCCGUCUAGAUUAGAAGUAAGCAACGCGUUUUUAAGCUUGGUGCCAUCUACAUCGGACCUUCAAAGCCACUUCAGUGAACGGAAGGCCACAUUGCAGGAAAAAAAAUUGCCUGUUCUUCCAUAUUUGGUUGCUGUUGGGGCUUGCUGGCAGGAUGUUACGCAGUAUGAUUUAAUAAUCUCUGAAGACAUCAGGUACACGUUUCCCAGCAUUUGUAAAGCUGUUUCAAAUACUUUUAAGAUUCUAUGGGCAUUAGACUUACCAUAUUCAAAAGAUUGUGCCCCAGUCUGGAUGUUUAUCCAAAGAAGUAUAUAUGUAAUGAAGAGCAAGUUUGACACUGAAGGCACUCCUAUGCUAGAUUUGCUUGCUUCUGUUUCUAACAGGCACGAUGGUGCUGUGUGCAAUAUGUAAAAG